AUGGUCUCCAGGCUGGUGGAGGCGCUCGGGCCGGGGGGGGGAAUGGGUGUUAUCGGAGGUGCCACGACGGUGAUUUUCGACUCUGUCGCCAACGGGAAAAGCGUGCUUGCUGCGGCGGCGAUGCAGGACCCCCGAGUGCAGGCGGCGUUCCCAGGAGGCGUGAUCUGGCUGAGGGCUGGUCACUCCGCCGACGAUAGGCUGCUCCGGAUGAUGGAGCUGGCCGUGUGCCAGGUGAACGAGGAGCGAUCUGCGCACGGGGCGGCCAAGCACGUCCCCGAGAGAUUCACCGACGUCGGCACGGCCUCGGACUACCUGUCCUCGCUGCUUGUGCGGACCUCACCAACGGGAGGCCUGCGAAGCACCCUCCUGGUGCUGGACGACGUGUGGGAGGCGAAGGUUGUGGAGGCGUUCGAGACGGUGGGGCUGUCUCUUCUCGUCACUACCAGGGAGCCGCUGAUCGCCAGGAUGGCAUCCCCCCACAGCGCCGCCGGCGUCUCGCGUCUCAUCGGCCCUCUGGGCCCCCUGUCCGACGCCGAAGCUAUCUCCGCGGCGGCAAAGGCGGCGGCGACUCGGAGGGUACCUCCGAAGGAAGCCAAGCAGCUGCUGGACAAGACCGGCCGCUGCCCGCUGGCGGUGGGAGUUGUCGCUUCCACCCUCAAGCAGGCGCAGGGCCCCUUGGAUUGGGUGAGCACUUCUUCGAAGGUGAAAAAAACCUUCGCCGGGCUUCACCGACGGCGAAGGGUCACGACCUCGACUGCCGAGCAGGAUGCUGAGGACAGGGUGACGGCGUCCAUCGCUGCCGGCCUCUCCAACAUGCCGGAGGAGAACCAGAUGCUGUACUCGGCGCUUUGCAUCCUACCCCCGGGGCUACCGGUCAGCUGUCGCCUGCUGGAACAAGUGUGGGAGACUGGAAAACGGACGACGAUUCUCGCAGCAGAGGCGUUCGAGCACCGUAGGCUGCUCGAUCGGCUGGGACCGGGUAACUUUGUGCUCCACUACGAGGCCGCUCGCUUCUUGCAGAAAUCCGCGGGCUUCGCGGGGGAAGGGGCGUGGGUUGGGUGCAAGCUCCGCGGGCAAGGGAGGGAGCUGGCGUUCAACAGGCUCUGCAAGCACCUCGACAGCUUCGACACGCUCAGAGACCACCUCGCCAAGCGGGACCUGUGGGGCCUAACGCAGCUAUGGCAGGCCUGCGAGACAGAGGCUAAGAAGACAUCGGGGCACAGCCACGUCUCGUGCCGGAUCUACGAGUCCCGCCUCGAUCUCCUACGACAGGAGGCCGAUAUCGUCGCCGGACCUGCCAGCAGACAUCACUCGACAACUGCAAGGGUAGCCAGCGAGGCUACGCUCGACCUCGCGCAGGCGCUUGAUAUGGUGGCUGACUACCAGGCGUACCGCCGCUGCUGUGACGCCACCCCUCUCUACAGGGAGAGCAUCGACUCCCUCCACCAAUCUCUUGAGCUGGUUAGGAUCCAAGGAGCGGGGUCGGGACCACUGGAGUCUCGAAUUAAGCGAGCGCUGGAGCGGAUCACCGGGAAGCUGGGCGCUCUGCUGCUGAAGCAGGGCAAGCACAUGGACGCCCUGAACCCUUGCGCGGAGAGCCUGACGUUGAUUCGGGCUCGGCAGGGCACGAACUUGGGGCCCGAGGGGUCGAGCAACCUGGGCAGGAGCCACCUGCCUCACCAGGACGUGGUCGACUCCCUGUGCAGCAUGGCGGAGGCGCUCAUGAAGGGGAACAGCGUCGACGAAGCGGAAGGCAUGUACGAGGAGGCCGCUAUCAUUUUGCGUCGCCUCUACGGCGAUGACGAAAGCCUCUGCCUCGAGACUAGGGGUAUCGAGCAGCUGGCCUCGAUGAUGUUGGAGGCGGGAAGGGCGGACAAGGCGGGAGGCAAGUCUCAUCUAAACGAUCGUUGCCUCUCUAAGGCGACGAAAGCUUUCGGGGACGUCCACCCAGUGGUGGCGAGGGUUAUCGAUCAGAAGGGCCGGAUCCUGCUAGCCGAGAAGGACUUGGAUGGGGCGGCGAGCUGGUUCGCGGAAGCGCGAAAGAUCCGUGAGGCGUUCUACGGCAAGGGACACGCGCUCGUGGCGCCGUCCCUGCAGAUGCAGGCGCACCUCGAGUUUACGGCCGGCAAGAAAGAAGUCGCGAGCGCGCUUCUAAAGGAGUGCUUGGUCCUGCAGGAGGACAGAUACGGCUCAAACGAUGACCGCGUUCGAGAGACGAUCGACAUGUUCAAGACCUUCACAUCAGCCAAGCCUUCGCCGCCGCAGCCCGAUCAGCAACGAUUGUUGACCACGAGGGAGGUUCCCGAGCCGGUCGUGCCCGACAGAGUAAGCCCAGACGAGCUGAUCCUGCGCCAAGCCAUCAGCGCGGCGGCUGCCCGCUCAAGGGAGGACAGAGGGAGAGAGGCCUUGCACCUUCGAGGUCGGCUGGCGAGGUUCCUUCGAGCCGCCGGUCCGGAGCGGUACGCGGAAGCGGAGGCGGAGUACGACGGGUGGAUGAAGGGGCUGCAUGCCUACGGCAAGCCGGGGGGAGGGGGAGAGAGGCAACUAUCACCGGAAGGCAAGAAGCUCUUAGACCAGGAGCUAGCGGAGUGCGUGAGCGAGUACAUGGACAUCCGAGAGCACCAGGGCGAGGACGUGGAGGACCUCAUGUGGGAGUUGCUGAGCGUCUCCAAGCGGGUGUACGGGCCUAACUCUAAGGAGGUCGCAGACCACUCAGACAGGUUCGGGCGCUACCUGUCCAAGAAGCAGAGCUACGCGCAGGCGGAGCAGCUGCUCAAGAAGGCCCUGCUCAUGAAGGAGAGGUCUUUGGGGAGGGAUCACCCGGAGAUCGCAGGGAUUCUGCGGGCCAUCGGGCGUGUUCUGUUCGAGGUGAACGCGCUGAAAGACGCCGGGGAUGCGUUCGACAAGGCGUAUAUCAUCGACAGCAGACAUGGGGAAACCCCGGCGAAUAUCAUCGAAGACAUGCGGUCUCUGGGCAUGGUUUACUGUCGGCAAGGGCACUACGACAAGGGGGAGAGCAUGUACCGAAAGGUCGUGGACAUGGACAAGAAGCUGAAGGGCGGGGAGGAGGACCCCUCGGUGAUCACGGAGAUGAACGUGCUCGCGGUUCUUCUCUACGCCCAGGGGAAAAUGGAUCUGGCGGAGCCCUUGCUUCGGAAGGUCCUCUCUCUCCGAGAGAAGGUGCUGGGUGAGUAUCACGUGGACGCGGCGGAAUCGCUGGUUAACCUAGCGGUCCUCAACAAUAGGAAGGGCAAGUACGAAGACGCUCUGCCGAUGCUCAAACGUGCCCUGGACAUCCUCGAGAGUGAGUAUGGACGUGUCCACCCUGAGACCGUGGCCUGCUUGUCGUGGAUCGCGGAGACACACCAGAAGCAGAAGCAGUACCAAGACGCCGAGCGUAUCCUGAUCGAGGUGGUCGAACUGAACCGCCAGAUCCUGGGGGACGGCAAGCCGGGCGUAGCAGACUCCCUGACAGACCUUGGGGAGCUGCGGCGCGCCCAGGGCAACCUGGCAGCGGCGGAGCAGAAUCACCUGGAGGCCCUACAAAUCCGAAUUGGCGUCUUUGGAGAGAACCACGAGUCCGUGGCCCACAGCAUGCAGCUGCUGUCGCUGCUCCUGCAGAGCGCGGGGAGGGAAGACGAGGCCCGCGAGUACGGGAGAAAGGUCGUGUCCAUCACGGAAAAUGUGCACAACUCCGGUGGAAGGCCUUCCAGCACGCGAUCUCCUGGGGCGCACGCUGGGUCCGCGGAGGGACACGUGACGGGCGAGCAAGCCCGCCGAGAUCACGCCAAGGUUGCCGUCGAGAAGAGCCUUACGUGCUUGACAGGGCGGUAGGCGACAGGCAGAUGACCCUGUCGGCCGAUCUUCCUCUGGAGCGACAGAGUCAACGUACCAUGUGGGGCCUAAGCAGUGUUUGGUUUGACGGCGUCUCAUACCCACUCUGUCGGAACGUUUACGGGUCAUCAGGACACAAGCUCAAACACCGCACUGGUCCCUACAUUUCCGAAUAGAGUGGAGCCUCGGUUGGCAAUGGCCUGGGGUCUCGAGGCGCAUGGAUGGACGUGUAUUGAGUGGUUCAGCCGCAGCUAUCUUUGAGCUGCUGCUGCGGCUGCU